AUGACCUUGGAUAGGGAGCGAGACCUCUCCAAGUAUGCCACCCUGCUGACUGCAGCCAAGGCCGAACAGGGUCGAGGCGAUCUCAAGGCUGCCUAUGCGACAUAUCUGGAGGCACAUGGUGUCAUUAUUCACAUCCUCAGUUCAAAGGUCGUCUUCAAAGACAAAGACUCGCUUGAGUCUGCACCUGGCAAUUAUACCCAGCUACUCGCCCACGCACAAGAGAUCCUUCGCAGACUCAAGGACAUUGUCGAUCUCUCCAAGAGCCAUGAAUCACUGUCAUCCUCUUCACCUGCAGUCCCAACCUCGACCAGCAGCGCAAAGUCGUCCAAACCAUCAUCGAUCUCGCCGCCUAUCCGGCCAGGACUGGGACCCUCUCGGCCCUCCCAACGCUCCGUCGCAACGACCGCCACGAACACGACACAGAACUACAAGCGGACCAGGAAGAAUAUACCAAUGAUACCCAUCUCACCCCUGACCAAGCAAUCGCUCUUGCAUUCCUAUGCGCUCUCACAGGUCACCCAGAAAUUGGAGCAGGCGAAACAGGGGUCAAAUCCUCAACAACAGCAACAACAUCAACAGUCAGGAGCUGGGAGCCCAUCUCUUUCUGGCAACAGAGACCUCGCGCACCUGCGACGUUUGAUCGAGGAUGUUCGUAUCCAGCGUGCCAAGCUCGAUACCGUCAGCAUCCAAAUCCAGUCUGUCGCUUCCUCGAACAUUACUUCUUGGGACCCCGACACCAUCGCCAAACAAUUGACCAUCAUCGACACCCAGCUCUUCAAGGACGUCGCCAUCCCUCGAGACCUCGUUCGUGCUGAUCGUCACCACCACAACUCGCGUGCUCAAACCUGCAUUGACUUUGAAAACUAUAUCGCCCACAGUUUUUCCCAUCUCUUGCUCCUCGAAUGGAUCACUGUUCGCCAAGCCUCGCCAGCAUCAAGUCAAGCCGCAUCCAAGAACCACAGUCAUGUACCCGUCAAUGCUGUUGCUCACACGAUCAGGAUUGCCUACAUCCUCCUUCACGUCUACAGGAACUUUAAUGGCUUCAGGGCGCUCAUGAGGGCGCUGACGAGUCCCGAGAUCAAACGGAUGCACAAGCUGUGGUCGGGUGUUCCCUCUAAGACCAAGGAUACCUACCGUCGACUGGUAGCCAUUUACCAGGAUCAGGCUGCGGAAGGAGGCUACAAGGGUGCUCUGAUCCAAAAACUGGAUGCGUUUCAGGAUGUUGGUCGGGAUGCCAUGGUCGCUAUCCCCUGGAUGCGGUACCACCAGGAUGAAGUCAAGUCGAUCAUCCAGUCGUACCUUACAGGACAGGAGUCAUCUGGUGGAUCAACCGACAUUGUGCUGUCUGCGCCAGGAGCCAGGAAGCUGUCAGCCGUCACGGCUUUGCUUCUGCAGUGCAAAUCCAACGACCCCGGAAACUUUGACCGUCAGGAGACAGACUCUCGGUCAGGAACCGUCUCGCACACCAAACACCGUGAGCCCGUGCAGGUCGAUGGCCUGAAGACACCCCUGAGCCCUGUCUGGGAUUUGAUCUCUCUUGGCGCUGGCGAUGUCACUCUCCAUCAUUGGUUAUUGUCACGCCCCUUCCUCAACAAACAGCAGCUCAUUGACGAGAGUUUGGAGAUCGAACCACUUUUCAACGGCGAGGAACUCCCUGUUCAUGAGACCUCCAUGGAUCUGGACGAGAGCGACGACUCGGCAUCGUUGGCGGGCGAUGUCGACCAGGACGAAUCGUUUGAGCAAGUCAUUCAACCUGAGCACGACUUUGAACCAUCCUCGGCACCUUUGACGCCAACUCAGAGCUCAACCAGGCCUGCGUGGACCCGGACCCCAGUCUCAGAAUCGGAAGUGAACGACAUCAUGAAUGAGCUUUUAAAUGAUGACGCCAAUGACAGCAGAGGGCUCUUUGGCGACUCGGACGACGAUAACAACAACAACAACAACAACAACAACAACAGCCCCAGCCCCAGUGGAAGCAGUCGACCCGGAAUGGCAAGGGGAGCCAGCGGAUCAUCAUUUACCAAAUCUCCACAACGGACCCGAGACGUUUUCGAGUUUUUGGGCAUUCAGCCUGAGGAUGCCUCGGAUGAUGAUGAUGAAACCGGCGGUGAUCUUGGCACCCCAACAAGCAGCAGUUUCAAGAACAAAGGAAAGGCACUGUGGAGCGGCGACGAUGAUGACGAGCUCGAUAGUCUGAUGACCAAGGUCAAGGGCCUCGUCCAUGAAUCCAAGGCGUUCACGCAGGAUGUUGAGAGCAAACCCGAGUCUGUCAAGUCACCUCAGAAUGACUUUGACAACGAUCCAUGGGGCAAAGAAGACGACGACGGCGACAAGCCCCACAGCUCUGAAAAGAAGUUUGAGCCAUUCCAGCAAGGCAAUGAGGAGGACGAGUGGGGUUUUGGUGAUAGCCCAGCGGCUCCUGUCGCCACGUCGACUCUUAGUGAGCCUGCUCCUUCAGCAAUGUCUACCCUGGACGCUCUAAGGAAGCAAUUUGCCAGCCUUGGUCCAGUACCGGUCUCAGACGACAUCGCGGACGACUCCCUCUCACCCAAGUCUGAACCAAGUGCAGACAGCAACAGCAAGGAUGAUCAGGACACCACCAAAACCAUUCUCAUUACCGCUGGCGAGUCACCAGUCAGUGCCGAGUCCGCUUUGUCUCCUCCUUCUUCAGCUUCUGGACCAGGAUCGGCAGCUACCUCGCCUUCCGCCUUGUCUUCUUCCUUCAACCCCUUUGCGCCCUUUAUGAUGGCCAAGCCUGCUGGAUCUGGAGAUUCGCAUUCGCCACCGCAUGUGAUCGGGAAGGCACGGAAACGCAAGAUCCUAGUCGACCGGUCAGGGCAUGUCAACCAUGACCUCGCCGCCGAAGCAGCAGGAGUAGGAGCAGGUUCUGGUUUCCCGGGCGACAAGACUCCUACAGCACUAAGCCCUCCCAAACAUGUUGUUGGUCCUCUUUCACCUCUAGAGGCGUCGGAUGAGACUAUGGCUGCGAUUGCUGCCAAGGCAAAGAUGUCUCUGGCCGGAUUCUUGAGCGGAUCACAUCCUUCCCCCACAGAUGCUGAGAACAAAGACAGUCCUCAGGACGGCGAUGCUGAUGUUGUCUCCCCAUCUUCCAAGAGUGCAGCCAGCGUAGGAAGUAAAAGUGGCAGUUCAGACGAAGUUGCAUCCGUGAGCAUCCAGGAACUUGACAAGCUCGCUGCCCUCUUUCGGAGUAUCGACGUCAAGUUUACCCUCACUGUCGACGACAGCAGCGACGAUGACGGCGGCGGCGACGACGAGGAGUUCUCGUGCAGCACCGAUUUUCACGCCAACGAGGAUGAUGAGCUUUCCUCUCAUCAUCAGCAACAGCGUCAGGAGGAGACUGGAGAGUCCAACUCUGCCAACAGUCACGCGGAGGAGGAAAGGAGCAAGAGCCCUCGAUCCGACCACGAGGGAGCUGGAGGUCUAGGAGGAGAGCAUGGAUCGUUGGAUAGUCGUACGCGAGCGAAUCGUCAGCGUCGUAGGAUUGCGGGUGGAGUUAUCUCGUUAACGACAACAUCCAAAACUUUGGUUUCUAUGAAGUCAACCUCGUCGCUUUCGAAUGCCUUUAUGGAGUCUUCUUCUUCGUCGGUAGCAACUGGUGCUGUUCAUCGUUCGGAGGAUGAUAUCCAUCAUACGGUGGAGCAUGAGCAUGAGCUGGAGCAUGAGCUGGAGCAUGAGCAGGGACAGGAGCAGGACGAGACGCAGAUUACUACGGCGGCGACGGCAGAGGAGGUUGAGGGUGGGGGUGGCGAUGAUGUUGAAGCGACAAGGACAACGAAAAAUGGGGAUUUGGUGACCGAGGCGAUGAUGGCGGAUGUGGAGGCAGAUGUUACUAUCGACGAGGCGAAUUCUUUACUCAAGUCGCCUUUAGUUCCAGUAGCGAGCAUCGUAGCGCAGAAGGAUGAGGAUGAGACGGUAGAAACAAACCGGUGA